ACUCUCACGUGGUUCCGAACUGCCGUGUAAUAACUACCACAAAUGACCACCGCAAAGACAGCUGCUUUGAAGCAGGGGAUACACGAGCGAACGUGCACCCCGGGCUUCUGACAUACCAUACUUUGUUUGUCCGGGAACAUAACCGUAUUGCAAAAGAGUUCCAGGCAAUUCAUGACUGGAGUGAUGAGAGGAUAUUUCAAGAGACCAGGAAAAUCAUCUCAGCAUUUAUACAACACAUUGUUUACGAGGAGAUGUUACCUGUACUUUUUGAUAAAGAUGUGCUCAGAGAGCAUAAAGUCAACACAGAAUAUAAGUAUGAUGAAAGUACAGACGCGUCCAUGACACAAGCGUUUUCCAUUUGUUACAGGUACCACAAUUUAAUGCCGCAUAAACUAAACCUAGGUAGACAGACUGGAAAUGCUGCUGAGGUAUUUGAACAAGAAAAUCAAGAGUUUGCCAUCCGAACACCACUGCAUGUGACGAAUCAUAACUAUAAUGGCAUUAAUGAAGUGACCCUUGGCAUGGUUGUAAGCAAAUGCCCACAUGUGGACAGGUUAAUGAACUCCGCUACGCGUAAUCUGCUCUUCCUAGACAAAGACGGAAAUUCUAACGAUCUGGCAACACUGAAUAUCCUGAGAGGACGGGAAUGGGGAACGCCGUCUUAUACCGUAUACCGUAAAUUAUGUGACCUGGGGGACCCUAAAUCUUGGUAUGAUUUGAAGGACACAACAAGUGAAACUAAUAUCGAAAAGAUGCAGAGUGUUUACAAAGAUGUCCAAGAUGUUGACCUCUGGACUGGUAUGAUAGCUGAAACCCCUUUACCAGGUUCUAUAUCCGGUGCCACACAGUCGUGUCUUCUGGCUAAACAUUUCUCAAACAUCAAACAUGGUGACAGGUUCUGGUAUGAAAAUGAGAAUCAUGGAUUCAAAGGUCAACAGCUACGUGAAAUUAAGAAGGUCACUCUAGCUAGAAUCCUUUGCAGUAAUCUCGGCGUCACUGUAAUGAGGGAGGAAGUCUUCAAGACGAACUCAAAAUGGACACGAUGUUCUGACAUUAUGAAAAAAGGGGAAACAGACUUCAAGAGCUGGCCCAAGUAAAUGAAUGUUGAAUGAUGAACACGAUGUUUGUAGUACUAUUGGUUGGAAAAAAACAUCAAAAUGACAAGCUUGUUCUUCACAAAAUGCUACAAUAUAUCUUUAAAAAGACAUUUCAUUUUUAUACCAUUAUAAUAGAUUGUGUAUUUUCUUCAUUUAUUAUCAUUAUUAUAGCAUUUAAGUUUAGAUAUAUAAUAUUAUAUUUCUUCUUCAAUCAUUUUCUAGAACUAACUAAAUGUCGCUUAACAAACCUUAUUAACUUAAGUAUGUUAAUAUUGUUUGUAAAUUAAUGCUUUCUUGAUAUAACAAUCAUUCCGAUCGAGAUUGUCUUCUCCAGGUUCUUUACAUUUUGCCAUUCCAUAACAAUACGUUUCAGCAACAACCAAAAAUGUGUGUCCUAAGGGAGUGUUUUUUUUGAAGAAGCCGGACUUUAAUUAUUUCAUUUCGCGACAUAUUUUUUUGUUAUAUUUUAAAAUUGUUUUCAUAUAUAUCACUGCUAGCCAUAUUACCUUCACUAACUCUUAUCAACUUUUACAAUGCAUGUUUUGCAAAAUCCCUUUGUUAAGCCAUAACCUCUUUACCUCGACGGUUCCAACCAGUCAAAAAGUACGACCACAAUCAAUGUAACACCUCUAUUGCAACACCAGAACAUAAGUUCUAAGCAACAGCCAAAACAUUUCACUCUCAAAUGGUGUUGCUCUUCAGAAGUUGAACAGUGAACUAACAAUUUUCAAAACAUAUAAUACGUUUUCAUUUCUGCUACUCUCUACUAGUAUUUGUUGAUGUUUGAUACUCAAGAAUUUCAUGAACUGAAACAAAGUACUAAUGAAUAAAAAGAAUACAUUUUGUACUGCGUAACUACAUGUAUAUGAUUUUUUUUAUUUUCUGAACUGUUUUAACAGUAACGUGCUUUGUUGUUUAUUUUCAAUAUCUUAAAUAAGUUUACUUCUUAUAUACUUAAUUGUGCUUUUUUUCCUUUUUAACAAAUUUACUAUUAUUACUUUGAUAAAUGAUUAAAUGGAUAACAGAG